AUGCUAAUUCUGUUCGCGCAGUUUGGCAUGUACAUUGCGUUCCCCAUCGGCUGGAUGUACUAUUUUGGCGUCAACCUCGACACGCGCUUCUCGGUGCCCGACUUCUGGCCCGCGCCGGAAACGACACAUAAGAUACCCUUUGAGAGAGAGGAAUUGAAGGUGCUGUCGGAGAGAUUGAAGGCGGAGAGGUUGGAGAAGAGGAAGCGGAGGUUGGAGAGGGAGAAGAAGAUUGGGACUGAGGGGGAGGUACAGGGUGGGGCAGAGGAGCAGCGGGGAGAGCAGGCGGCGGUGGUGGAGCAGAGGACGCUGGUUGGGGAGUCGAGUGGGACAUUUGGGGUUGGGUCAAUUGAGAGGUGGGCGAGGGGGAGGUGGAGGGAUUGA